GUUGGCAACUCUGAUUUGGUAUCGUCCGUGUCCUCUGCAAAGGCCUUUUGCCCGCCUCUCUCUCUCUCUCUCUCUCUGUCUCUCUCGGGCGUAUUUUCGAUUUCUAACCAUUUUCUCCGAUACGGUUCUUUUGGAGGUCGAGCAUGAGAAGAAACCAAACACAAACAAAGUGAAAAUCUCUUAGGGUUUUUUUAAUUGUCUCAAGCGAAUUCACAAUUUUGCGAAUUAGAUGCGAGAAUUUGAAGGAAUUUCAGCUGAUAAUCGGUGAGUGUUCUGUAAUUUGGAGACCGGAAAAACACAAAGGAAAUUGAAGGGUAAUUGUAAUUUGAUUGAAUCAGAGGUUUUCCGAUGGCCUAUGACUCAUUGGUUGACGGUUCAGACAUAGAAGUUGAAGACUUACGCUGUGAAGAUAUAGCAGACAAGGAUGUUAGUGAUGAGGAGAUUGAGGCAGAGGAAUUGGAGAGACGAAUGUGGAAGGAUCGGAUAAAACUAAAAAGGCUCAAGGAAAGGCAGAAGCUUGAAGCCCAACAGGCUGCUGAAAAGCAGAAGCCAAAGCAGACGUCUGAUCAGGCACGCAGAAAGAAAAUGUCGAGAGCCCAAGAUGGCAUUCUCAAGUAUAUGUUGAAGCUGAUGGAAGUGUGCAAAGCUCGCGGCUUCGUGUAUGGGAUCAUUCCUGAGAAGGGAAAGCCUGUUAGCGGUUCUUCAGAUAACAUUAGAGCUUGGUGGAAGGAGAAGGUGAAGUUUGAUAAAAAUGGGCCUGCAGCCAUAGCCAAGUACGAAGCCGAGUGUUUUGCCAUGUCUGAGGCAGAUAAUAGUCAAAAUGGAAACCCACAGAGCAUUCUCCAAGACCUGCAAGAUGCUACUCUGGGUUCUCUUUUGUCUUCUUUGAUGCAACACUGUGACCCUCCUCAAAGGAAGUUCCCAUUAGAAAAGAAAGUCCCACCACCUUGGUGGCCAACCGGGAAGGAAGAUUGGUGGGUAAAAUUGGGGCUGCAGCAUGGUCAGAGUCCCCCUUAUAAGAAGCCACACGAUUUGAAGAAGAUAUGGAAAGUCGGAGUUUUAACGGCUGUAAUAAAGCAUAUGUCACCAGAUAUUGCAAAGAUAAGGCGACAUGUGCGCCAGUCUAAGUGCUUACAGGAUAAGAUGACAGCAAAAGAGAGUGCAAUCUGGUUAGGAGUUUUGACCCGAGAGGAAGCCCUCAUUCGGCAGCCUAGUUGUGAUAAUGGGACAUCUGGGAUAACAGAGAUGCCACCAGCAGGACUAGGUGAAAAGCAAGCAACUGCUAAUAGUGGCAGCGACUAUGACGUUGAUGGCACUGAUGAUGGCUUAGGUUCUGUUUCAUCUAAAGAUGAGAGGAGAAGUCAACCUAUAGAUGUAGAGCCUUCAGGCAAACAGCGGAAUAACAAUUCUAAACGUGUCCAAGAUAAGGAGCAAGGGGAAAGGGAACCCAGGAGGAGAAAAAGACUUCGUGGAGGAUCAAACUCUUUGCCUGACAUUAAUCACACUGAAGAUGCACGGUUGCCUCAGCCAUCUCAAAAUGAGCAUCUACCUACUGAACCAGGAAACACUUUGCCCGACAUUAAUCACACUGAAGAUGCACGGUUGAUUGGGUUCCAUACAGAUGGCAACCAACAAGAAGUUGAGCCAAUGUCAGCUUCACCGAUAACAGCUUUACGGCCAAUGGAGAAGGACAUUGAUGUCCAAGCUCAGUUGCCGGAAUCUGAUAACAACAGCUUCUUUUCUUUACCUUUGGAUAAUGUAAUUUCUAUACACAGAAGGGAAGUGGGCGAAACAGCAUUGCAUUAUCAUGGUGUGCAAAACAACGUCAUUCAUCAUGGGAAUACUUCUGAUUUCUAUAAUCCACCUGUAGAUUAUGGUCCUGGUCAUGACCGGCAGCAUUCUCAGAUUGCAUUUAAUGAGCAUCAUGUUAAGGUGGCAGAUGGUGUCCAAAUCCCAACAGUACAUAGAAACAGUAGUGAGAUUAGUGGUGGAGACUUGCCCUUUUAUGUCAGUAAUGAGCAAGAUAGACCUGUCGAUCCUCACUUUGGUUCUCCAAUUGAUAGUCUAUCGCUAGAUUUUGGAGGAUUCAGUAGCCCCCUCAACCUCGAUUUUGCAAUUGAUGCCACAGGUUCUUUUGACGAUCUUUUGCGCGAUGAAGAGUUGAUUCAUUACUUCGGAGCAUAAGUUGUUAGAUUCCAUACUUCAGAGAUAGAUCAUUGCAAAUUACCGGGUUCAUUGCUGACGUGGGCAUCCUCACUAAUCUAAUGACGUAUUAGCAGCAUGAGUCUUUUGUCAUGUUGGCAUUUCAGGACUGUAAGUCAUGAGCCUUGGUUUCACAGGAUUCGUGAUUUUGCAAACAACUAGGCAAAAUCAGAGUUCUUUUGUGUUAAUAGUUUGCCCCACUUAUGGUUAAUAGGAAAGCCCUUAAUGGGGUUCAUGUAAAUAAACCAAUUUGUUUCAACUGGAUAAAUGGAAAAGUUAUGAUAAUUUAUCAUACGGUGAUUUUUGAUAAAUA